AUGGGUCCAUGUGAACUAUCUCCAGAGGAUCUGGGACGGCGUCUGGCGGGUGUGGCGCUGGUAGUGGCAGGGUCGUGGGCAGUCUUCAACAUCUCCUCGUUCUUGAAGGCGUCGGCUUUCGCACUGGACGCCGACUUCGCCAACCACGAACUCUGCCACAACGCCGAGUUCACCCAGACACUGGCCUACGUCUGCAUCGGCUUCGGCCUAUUCGUCUUUAUGGUAGCAUUCUUCGGCUGCUGUGGUGUUGUCACCGACAGCUACUGUCUCCUCAUUACGUACGCUGUCAUCGUCAGCUUGCUCUUCUUGGCCAAGGUCGUCUCUGUCCUCGUUUUCCUCCUGCUGGGUGACAAGAAAAUGCUGGAAAAUUUCUCGGCCAACUACAAAGGAUACCUGGGAAUCACUAAUCACGGCGAUUCAAUGACGUACUCCCAAGCAAUGGACACGGCUAUGAUAAAACUCGAAUGCUGCGGUUUGUACGGUCCCCAGGACUUCGAGCAAGUCGAGACCUCGGCGCUAUGGCACAAGGAGGGUCGAACCUACGUCGAUUCAACGGGCCAAACAAUCGUUGGUGAUGCCAUCGGCUUGCCCAUUGCGUGUUGUCAAUUCCGCAAUCGAAAUUUUCCAAUGAACUCUACGUACGCCCAAAUGCACCGGAACAUGAAAAGUGCUCAAUGCCCAGUAAAACCAAUCUCAGCCUACAACAAAAGAGGAUGCAUCGAGGUGGUCUCCUCCGCCCUGAGACAAUACACCGUCGUGAUUGCUGUCACGCCUGUGAUAAUCGCGGUUAUCGAGGUUGUUGGUGUCAUUCUGGCGAGCGCACUUGCUCACGAGGUAAAACAGGAUGUGGACCAGAUGUACUACUAG